UCCAGGCAUCCUGCUCUCCAGCAUGUCCUUCUUCAGGCAUGCAGGGGACCUCCAAGCAAUGACAUCCAAGAAAUUCCAUCUGGGAGUCAUCCAGGAUGACUGCAGAAGAGGAAGGACACAGGAGGAUAUCCUGGUUCCCUCUUCCCACCCAGAACUGUUUGCAUAAGUCCUGCCAAUGGCUCCGGAAGAAGCUGCCAGGCUCCAGCAACCUCAGCCCCUUCCUCCUCCCUCAGGAAUCCACCUAUCCGCCUCUAAGGGCCUCGGCUCCAACUCUAUUGUAUCGUCUCCUCCCUCCCAUUCUCCUUUUGGUCUCAGCUCCUUGAUCUAAGCCUCCUAGAGAGUCCCCUAGAAUGUUUCCUUCAAGGGCCUUUCUGCCUGGAAGUUUGUUAGCCCUUCAGAAGUAACGUGUCCAGAAUAAAAUUUGAUUCCUCCCA